CUGUUAAUCCAGAAGAGCGCUGAUGUUUCUAUCAGGGCAUCUCAGGGGAGCGGUCCUGUGGAUUUGUGGCUGUCAUAUUUCCUUCUCUAUUUAAUAUGGUUGUUUUUUUUUUACAAAGCAGAGCCCCAGAAUCUGUCAUCUUCUUACAGAAAAGAAAGAAAGAGAAGUACUCUUAUUCCAGGGUAGAAAAGGCCAAUGUACGUUUGGCCACGUGUACACAAGCAAUGGCUUCUAAAGCAGGGGUGGACAGGUCAGAGGUCAUCAAAAGCAACCUGAACCCCGUCUUUGCCAAGGUCUUCAUGGUGGACUAUUACUUCGAGGAGGUGCAGAAACUGCGCUUUGAGGUCUACGACAUCCAUGGCCACACCAGCAUUGGAACCCAUGAUGAUGACUUCCUGGGGGGCAUGGAAUGUACUGUGGGCCAGAUCGUGGCCCAGAAGCGAGUGAGCAAGCCCUUGUUCCUGAAAUACGGGAAGUAUGCCGGCAAGUCCACCAUUACAGUAACCUCGGAAGAGAUUUCUGGGGACAACGGCUUUGUGGAACUGUUCUUCCGGGCAAAGAAGCUGGAUGACAAGGAUCUCUUCAGCAAAUCAGAUCCCUUCCUGGAGAUCUACCGGAUCAAUGAUGACAGGAGUGAGCAGCUGGUGCACCGCACUGAGUUUGUCAAGAACAACCUGAGCCCCAUUUGGGAGCCCUUCAAAGUCUCUCUGAACUCGCUGUGCAGCUGUGAGGAGAAACGGAAGCUGAGGUGUGUUGUAUUUGACUACGACUCCAGAGGCAAACACGACUUCAUUGGAGAGUUUUACACAACCUUUGAGGAGAUGCAGAAAGCAACAGGGGGCAACAAGAUCCAGUGGGAUUGCAUGAACCCAAAAUACAAACUGAAGAAGCGGAACUACAAAAACUCCGGCGUGGUCAUUCUCCUAGACCUGAAGAUCCACAGGGUCUACUCAUUCCUGGAUUACAUCAUGGGCGGCUGCCAGAUCCACUUCACAGUGGCAAUUGACUUCACCGCCUCUAACGGAGACCCCCGAAACAGCUGCUCCCUCCACUACAUCAACCCUUACCAGCCCAAUGAAUACCUGAAGGCCCUGGUAGCCGUGGGAGAGAUUUGCCAGGACUAUGACAGCGAUAAGAAAUUCUCGGCUUUAGGCUUUGGAGCCAGGAUCCCACCCAACUACGAGGUCUCCCAUGAUUUUGCCAUUAAUUUCAAUCCUGAUGACGAUGAGUGUGAAGAAAUCCAGGGCGUGGUGGAGUCCUAUCAGAACUGCUUGCCCAAGAUCCAGCUCUAUGGCCCAACCAACGUGGCUCCCAUCAUCUCGAAGGUAGCCAAGGUAGCGGCGGAUGAGGAGCAAACCAAGGAAGCUUCGCAAUAUUUCAUCCUGCUGAUCCUGACAGACGGGGUGGUGACCGACAUGGCAGACACCCGGGAGGCCAUCGUCCGGGCCUCGUACUUGCCCAUGUCCAUCAUCAUUGUGGGGGUGGGCAACGCCGACUUCACCGACAUGCAGAUCUUGGACGGGGACGAUGGCGUCCUGCGCUCCCCCAAGGGCGAGCCCGUCCUCCGUGACAUCGUGCAGUUCGUCCCCUUCCGGGAGUUCAAGAACGCCUCCCCAACGGCCCUGGCCAAGUGCGUGCUGGCAGAGGUGCCCAAGCAGGUGGUGGAGUAUUACAGCUACAAGGCCUUGCCGCCCCGUUGCCCCAAAGGUAGCACCCCUGACUCCACCCUGAACUCUCCUCAGUGACGUGGGGCCCUCUUGGGCUCCGGCCGCAUUGUCUGUCUGUCUGCCCUUCAUCUGCCAGCACAUUCUUCCCUCCCGUGAAUGAGAGAGAGAGAGAGAGAGAGAGCGCAAAACUGCCAGAGAUGCAAGAUGGGGGACACUCUACUGCCAGCACCAGAGAAGAGUCACAUUUGCUGGCCUUUCCUUGCCAGGCCUCAUCACAACCGCUGCAACACCGUCCUCCUGCCUCUCUCCAGCAGCACGACCAGAGACUCCUGUUGGCCCUCUGGACGCGAGCAAGUCCUAAGAGUGUCCACCUCUCCUGAGGGAAGCAGAGGGCCACCCCCUGGCAGGACACGCAGUGGGCAAAGUUCCCUUGGGAAAGGAGGGCGACUAGUGCCAAGCUGGGAGCUGUCUCAAGCACAACUAGAGGAAACCCACUCAUUGGGAAGUGUGUGUGGGGGAGAGAGAGAGAGAGAGAGAGAGAAGGGGAUACAGGUGGGCAGAUGGCAUCGCCUGUGUUGGUUUUCAGAGGAGAAAAUACAGGGAAAGGUGUGGAGGGCACAGUCGAGGGGAAAUUAGCUUUAUCCCUCAUGUCAUUCAUUCAUUCACUCUCUCACACACACUUGCCCAAAAGAGGCUCCAGGUAGCCCUGACUUGGCUUGUUUUGGU